AUGCCAGACACGGAAGAGACAGAAAAGCAAAUUGAGGAGCAGGAAGAGGAAAAGUUUCAACAUGGCGAGUCUACUACAGUCAAAGGUGUAGCACACUCUACGCAGAAGGCCGGCAUUGAUGACAAUGAGAUUGAUGCUGACGAGGAACGAUUUUUGAUCAAGUGGAAGACGUUGUCGUAUCUCCACACCAGCUGGCAAACGGAAGAUGAGUUACUAGAAACCGACAAGAAUGCGAAGGGCAAAAUUCAGCGUUUUCGUGAAAAGGAGACUCGUGCUCUUUACGCUCAGGAUGUACAAGGAGACGAGUAUUUUAAUCCGGAGUUUCGCAGUGUCGAUCGAAUUCUUGAGAUUAGGAGUCGACCGCUUGACGAUUUUCUCACAGAUGAUGCUAUGAAUGGUGAGAAUGAACUGCAGUAUUUCCUGGUGAAAUGGAAAGCUCUGUCUUAUGAUGAGAUUACGUGGGAGCGUGAAGAUGAUGUCAGUGAUGAUGCGGCUGUGAAAUUGUACAACGAUCGUAUCGUUAGAGCUGCAAAGCGUUUAAAGAAGAUUGCUUUCGGAAAACAAGCACCGCAACGUAAGCACAAGAAGUUCAGGGGCUACACUGCAGAGUCUCCGCCACCUUGCAAGAAAGAGCAAAACUUUCAGUUGCGUGACUAUCAGCUUACAGGCGUAAACUGGAUGCUUUUCAAUUGGUAUCAGAAGCGCAAUUCGAUGCUUGCAGAUGAAAUGGGUCUUGGUAAAACUGUGCAGACUGUCAUGUACGUCAAUCAUCUUGCGGUUGUUGAGCGAACACCGCGGCCGUUCAUUGUCGUAGCACCACUUUCAACGUUGGGCCACUGGCAGCGCGAGUUUGACAGCUGGACCAAUCUUAACGCCGUCGUUUACCAUGGAUCAGCUAGUGCGCGAGAGGUUUUGCAAAAGUACGAGUUUUUUCUAACCGAUGAUGAGCUACUGCGUGCUGAACAACUGUCCGGAAUGAAAUCGGCAAACAACAAUAGCAAGCGGCCUCUGCAACCUAAACGCAACUGCUACCGGUUUGAUGUGUUGAUCACCACAUUUGAGAUGGCGUCGGCGACAGACCUCUACAAAUUGGCUCAGAUCGAUUGGCAGGUCAUGAUUGUGGACGAAGCACAUCGUUUGAAGAAUCGCAAUUCCAAGCUGUCUAGCAUUCUACGCACAAGGUUUACGUACCAAAACAUGUUGCUACUGACCGGCACACCACUGCAAAACAACGUCGAGGAGCUGUGGGUACUUUUGAAUUUUCUCGAUACAAAAAAGUUUGAAUCAAAGGAAGACUUUCUUGACAGCUUUGGAGAGUUGACGGAUUCAGCACAGGUAGAACGCUUGCACUCCGAGCUUAAGCCGUACUUGCUUCGAAGAAUGAAGGAGGAUGUUGAAAAGUCGCUUGCGCCGAAAGAAGAGACAAUAAUUGAAGUUGAGCUUACAGUGCUUCAAAAGCAAUAUUAUCGUGCUAUUUACGAAAAGAACACAGAGUUUCUUUCAAGGGGCGGUAGGAAAGGCGAUACUCCGAGCUUAAUGAAUGUUUUGAUGGAGCUGCGCAAGUGCUGCAAUCAUCCCUUCCUUGUGAAAGGUGUCGAGGAGCGCGAAGUGAAACGGCUAGCAAAGCAGGUAUCGGAGUCAAAAGAAGAAAUUCAACGACAAAUCAGCGAGAGCCUUGUGGACACGUCGGGUAAACUGGUUUUGCUGGACAAGCUGCUACCUCGCUUAAAAGAAACCGGUCACCGUAUUUUAAUCUUUUCGCAGUUCAAGAUGAUGUUGGACAUCAUUCAGGAUUAUUUGGCGCUGCGUCAAUACAAUUGUGAGCGCAUUGACGGCAAUAUAACUGGCAACGAGCGGCAGACAGCGAUUGACCGCUUUUGUCGAGAAGACAGUAACGCAUUUAUUAUGUUGUUGAGCACUCGUGCAGGUGGCGUUGGUAUCAACUUGACAGCAGCAGAUACUGUGAUCAUAUAUGACAGUGAUUGGAACCCGCAAAAUGAUCUUCAGGCGCAAGCACGUUGUCAUCGCAUUGGUCAGAAGAAAAGUGUAAAGAUCUAUCGCUUACUGACAUCUAAAACGUACGAGUUGCACAUGUUUCACAAAGCAUCCCUAAAGCUGGGGCUUGAUCAAGCAGUACUGGGAGGAAUAAAAAAUGAUGACCCUGUUGCAAAGCUAAAAGGCGUCGCGAAAAUAAGCAAGACAAAUGACCGUAUGUCGAAAGAGGAAAUUGAAAGUUUGCUUAAGCACGGUGCGUAUGAGAUGUUUAAAGAGCAUGAAAGUGAAGCAGAGGAAGCAAGUAAAAAAUUUGGAGAGGAAAGUAUUGAUCAGAUUCUUAGCCGGAGUACCACCAUCGUUCACGACCCGACUCGAGAUGAUGACGAAAAUAAUAAGAGAAGCAUAAUGUCCUCCUUCUCUAAGGCGACUUUUGUGAGCUCGGCCAACCCGGAGGAGGAAGUUGACGUUGAUGACCCUAACUUUUGGACCAAAGUGGUUGGGUUAAAAGGCGCCGAGGAACAGAUAAAAGAGGAACCGUCACCCCUGCAAAAGCGACGCUGUCGCCGAAAGGUGAAAUCCUACUUGAUUGAUGAAAACAAGACAUAUAUGAUGGACGAUAGUGGAGAUGAGACAAAUUUGUCACGCAAAGCGUUGUUUCGGGAGUUUGGCGUUCAACAGGACGAAGAAUUUGUGAUUUCAGAUGACGACGAGGAUGAAGAUGACAAUGACUUUGACGACGGCGAUGGUUUAACAAGCGACGUAGCUGUGGCUAAGGACGAUUUGUUAGGGGCCACUGCAAAUGGAAAAAGAAAACGCUAUAAGGCGCCAGUGUUACCAAUCUUUUCACACAUUCAGCGAAUUGUAGAGCUUCUCGAAAUUUUUGGAUAUGGGCGAUGGGAUGACAUGAAGCGUUGUGCUCCAAUCUUACAAGCGUACCCGGAUGAAGAGCUGAGUAAAUUUGUUCAGGACUACAUCUUUAGUUUGGUGCGCGCUACAACAGCGAUAGCAGUCUUUCCGCGUAUUGGGUUAGAUCUCGAACCUAGCCGAGUGUACAUUGUUUCGACCACGACUCCUCCGCCGCAAAUGGGAAACGCAGCUCCAAUUGAGAAAUAUGCCCAUGAAUUGAUUAAUCUAUGCCGUCGGUACCAUUUUCUUUCAGCAAUUUUGAAGGAUAUGAAGGUUACCAAUCCGCUGGCCGUCGCUGUUCCGCCACCUAUGUGGAUUACAGACUUUAAAAGUCGAACAACUCGUGGAAGCCGUACGAAACUACAGCAGAUCGACACAAUGUAUAAGCUAAGCGAGUUUGUGAGCGUAACUUUGGUGCCAAUGUCACCGCUCAUCACUUUGAUCGAGGACUUUCAAAGGGUUGGAGACGCAUCCGAGGUUCAUCGAAUGAUUGAGUCAGGCGAUCUUCCAGACGCGAGCGAUACAAUUCCAGUAACCAAGAUUGAGGAAACAGCGCGUGCAAAUGAGAAAUCGGCAGAAACUGUGUCAGACCCGUCAUCCGUGAAGGAGUCUGGCGCUUCCUUACCAAAAGGCAAUAACAAUGAUGACACAAGCAAAAACGAAGACGUUUCAAAUCGACAGCAUCCAUCGUCGACCGACCAAACCCAAGAGACGGUGCCCGCUGCUGUUGUAAAGAGUGAGACAGGGGCUGAGCUGGAGUAUAUUAAGCGCUCUCCAGCAGAGACUGCUUCGCCAGUAGCAUCUUUAGAGAGUGGCGUCUUCAAAACGGUCGAUCUAGAGGCUUCUUCUGGAACUAUAUCUACGACGGAGGUAGCAAUCUCAGAGUCUCCGGGCAAAGUACUGACCAAUGUUGUCGUUUCCGCUGCUACUGAAGCUAAGAAUGAAAGUAUGGAUCUGCCAAUUUCAAGCAUCAAGGUGGACAAUAGGAGCGAUGGUGCUUCGGGUGAAGAUAUCUCUCAUUCUGAGGAGAAGCACAAGCCGUUUGCACAGCUCAAUACGUCCACCAUUGUUGCAGCAUCUGCAGUGGCACCAAUAGGACAGGAGGAUUCAACUGCCGCAAGAGUGAGGGCUGAGCGCACACAGGCUAUCCGAGUCCUCCAAGCUUUAACAACUGUGAGCUCUCCUGAGCCGAUAGCACCGUGGUGGAUUCCUCGUGUCGAUGAUGUUCUACUGAUGGUGUGUGUUUAUUGCGAUGGAUGGAUGAAGGGUCGAACUUUGCCCAUGAAGAUGGUAAAUGGGUCGACUCUGUUUGGAGACCGCGCGAAGCGGUACCCACUAUCGAAGUGGCCUUCAGUGGCUAUCCUUAAUCGGCGCCUAAAGGUACUACUGCACGUGUGGACUGCUGUAAAAAAGGCGAAGCCCGUUGCGCUUAUCUCGAAUCCAGUUACUGCAGCUCCAAGCAUGACUUCUGCAAAGCAGCCACAAAUGCAUGAGCAGCUGCAGCGACAGCUGCAGCGUCAACAAGAGCAGCAGCGUGCUCAACAAGCGCAUCAUUGUUCAACUGCUUCGUUUCAUGGCUCACGUCAUAACCAGUUUGCCAAACUUAUUUUUUCAUACGGAAUUCCUGAUGUGAGCACAUGCCGAGACGAUCGCGAGCGCAACGAGAAAUGGCGCUAUUUCUUGCAGGACGGUCACCUUGGCAUUGGACACUUUCCACUGGAAGAGCUGCUAGCAGAAGCACUAGACUUGGAGCGUGUUUGUCGCCACCGACUCUACAGUGACACUGAUAAAAUGGGCAUUGAAACCAGUCAAGAGAGCUCGAUAUUGGGUGGAAAACGAGGGUUCUGGCUGCUCACGACCACACAGUGCCGGCGGCUUUUGCAUCGAGUGGAUCUCUUUCGUCUGCUGCGCACGCAAAUCCUUGUGCUACCACCAGCUCAGCUAGUUGAGUUGGUAAGUCGGGUUGUUCAAGCCCAGGCAGCAUCGACUGACUAUCCUUCUUGGUGGAGCUGUCCACGACACGAUAUUUUACUUUUGCAGGGUGUGGAGUGUUAUGGUCUUGAUGAACACCUUGUAUCCGUGUGGAAACUGCCGCUGUUCAGCAUUGCGAAUCCAACAAGUGCCUUUCCUAGCUCCAGUUGGGUGGAAAACUACGUCACUGCUCUUGGUCUUGCAUGUCGGAACGUGAUUUUAAAGGCUCAACCGUAUCACUCUGAUGAUGGCUACGUUGACGUCAGCAACGGUAUAACGUGUUGUACGAGCGACAGAUAUCCUGCUCAUAGUAGUGAGCCCAACCAGGAGAUCGAGACUAGCCGACAAAUUCAAGAUAUAUGUAGGAUGCGGCAAGAAGAUCCAUACUUUGUUCCAGCGAUACGUUUACGGCAGCUCAUUGACACUAACGCAGCUCAAGACAAGGCAUCACGGCAUAUCAAACACCUUCAAUUGAAGAAGUCGGUGUUCCAAACGGGCAAGAAUACGCCACUGUCGACGCCGGCGAUGCAAUCAAUUCUGAUACAUAAUGAAGGUCCUCACGAAUCCAUGCAAGCAAAACCGAUUUGGACUGCGCAGACCAAGCAUGACAAGAUUGAAGGAGCGACGAAGAGCUCAAAGUGUAGCAGGGACGAUGGAGAGAAAGAGAAUAAGAGUAAGACUCAAGACAAUGACAACGACAAGCUCGUGAAGGACGUUGAAUGCAUUGACAAGAAGAAGAAGAAGGAGGAGAAAGUAUUGCCUGGAGUUCAUGCCAGUUUCAAGUAUCUGGACAAAGACGGUAGCAAAAGUGAUGGAAAGGUGGAAACAAAGGAAUGUGCACAGCCGCAAGUAUUACAAGAUUACAACAAGUCCAUCCGAUGUUCGUCUACGAAUGCCAUUGGAGGAGCUUCAAAAACAAAUGAGACAAGAUGUACGAGAGCUGCUGCUACUGAAAAAGAAGAAAGUGGAAGAAAAGAGCAGCAAGUUGUUCCACGUCCAUGGGAAAUAAUUGUGAUUGACUCUUCGGAUGAUUCAGAUUAG